AUGGACAAGCUUCAAAAAAAGGCAACGUGUAUCAAAGACACACUGAUACGCAUUCACGAAUAUGUCAAAGAUCACUUAGAUACAGCUUAUAAGCACGAACUUUCAGUAAGAAAAGAUGCUUUCAUUGAAAAUUAUCAACAAUUUCUAGAUGUACAGUAUCAAAUAGAGGCUAGAGAUGAAUCUAAAGAAACCGAACGUAUUGCAGUCGAGACAAUGUACUACGAUACUUUAGCUUUAUGUAAACCUUUCUUAGACGAUGGCAAUACGGUAACAAAUCAAAAUAGCUCAAGUAAUGUUUAUGUAGAUAAUAGUUCAAUCAAACUCCCUCACGUGAAUGUUCCCAUCUUUACAGGCAUAGCUGAAGAAUGGGACGCAUUUUUCGAUGCAUUUACUGGUAUGAUACAUAAUAACCAAAAAUUAACGGACAUUCAACGUUUCUAUUAUCUCAAAGGUUUUUUAAAAAACGAACCGCUUAACUUAAUCAACAAUUUAAGAUUAACGUCAGAAAACUACCCGGCAGCAUUAAAAAUACUCAAAAAACGUUUCGAUAAUAAAUUCGACAUUAUUGAAGCUCAUAUUUCUAGUAUUUUGGACAUACCUCCCAUCGCUAAAGGGAAUGCCCAAAACUUGAGAAACUUCUUAACUGAUGUUCGACAACACUUGAGUUCGUUAGAAGCGCUAAAAAUGCCAGUUGAACAUUGGGAUGUAAUCCUUGUAUGCAUUCUUACUAAAAAAUUAGAUUUUCAUACUCACAAAGCAUACGAGUUAGAAAAAACAAAAACCGAAUUACCCACUGUGGAAAACUUUUUAGACAUCGUGGAACGUCAGUGCAGUGCCCUUGUAAAGGUGGCACAUUCCACUCACAGCAAUCAAAACAAACAGAAACAGCGCACAUUCACACAUGUAACUAGCGAAUUUUCAAAUACUCAUUUCGAACACAAAUGCGAAUUUUGUUCUAACAAAAAACAUUCAAUUUAUCAAUGUCCUAAAUUCAAGGCAUGCACCGUGGAUCAAAGACAGGAAUUUGUUACUAAAAACGGUUUAUGUUACAAUUGCAUAAAAAAGGGUCAUUCAACAAAUCAAUGCAAGUCGAGCAAUUGUAGACUUUGUGAUAAGCGGCAUCAUACUUACUUGCAUAAACCUACUUCAAAUAUACAGGGCGUUUCGACGAAUACAUCCGAGAGUAAAUCUGAUACUGCGGGCAACGCUACGGUUUUACAUACUAACAAUACUAACAACGUACAAGUAUUAUUACCCACAGCGCAAAUAAAUGUUGUCACUGCUAACGGAAAAUUUAUACGUGCAAGAGCGUUGUUAGAUUCUGGAAGCCAAACUUCAUUUAUCACAACUAAAUUAUUUAAACAAACCGAUUUACGGGCCUACAAUCAAAAUAUUCAAGUUUUAGGUUUAUCUUCUAAUCCGAUACAAGUAACAAAAAUGGUAGAUAUAAAAAUACAAUCACGUAUUACAGACUUCACAGCCAAAUUGUCAUGCGCAAUUUUAGACAGCAUUACUGCAGAUUUACCACAUUAUCCAGUUAACACAAAUAAGUUUACCAUACCUGACUAUAUCGCAUUAGCAGAUCCAGAAUAUCAUACUCCCACGCAAGUUGAUAUACUCAUUGGAGGUGACUUAUUUUUUGAAAUAAUGUCAUUCAAAUCAAAACAACUUGGAAACAAUUUACCGUUUCUCCAAGAUACAAAGUUAGGCUAUAUUGUAACGGGCAAGGCUCCGACAAGUUACUCGCAUCAAGUAAGAGCUUUAUGUUCAACCUCAACAAGGGACGUCGACGAAAUAAUUUCGCGUUUCUGGAAAUUAGAAGAAGUCACUUCUAACACUAAUAGCAUUCAUUUUCGUAAUCCCAAAGAGCGAUUAUGCGAGAAAUCAUUCGUGGAAAAUACUAGUCUUUCCAAUGGCCACUUCACAGUGCGUUUACCAUUCAUUGACGAUACAGCUCGUUCUCUACUAGGCGGAUCUUUUAACAUGGCGUUACGUAGAUUUUACUCAUUAGAACGACGUUUAUUAAAAGACGAAAAACUCCAACUAGAAUACAAAAAAUUCAUUCAUGAAUAUAUUUCCCUUGGCCACGCGAAAUAUUCAAAUCUCGAUUUGUCAAUAUUCAAAAACGACAACACCGACGGCUACUUCCUACCGCAUCAUCCGGUGAUUAGGGAGUCUAGUCUUACUACAAAACUACGAGUCGUUUUCGACGCUUCGCUAAAGACCACCAGCGGGUAUUCAUUGAACGACAUACUUUUGACUGGGCCAACAGUGCAGCCUGAACUAUUCGACAUACUAUGUAGGUUUCGCACACAUAAAUACGUGAUUACAGCAGACAUCGAAAAGAUGUAUCGGGGAAUAAAAGUAGCAGAUCAAGACACUGACUUGCAGCGCAUUCUGUGGAGAGAUAAUCCAAACGAUCCUUUACAAUGCAUUACGUUAGUAACAGUUACGUAUGGAACAAGCGCAGCUCCGUUUCUAGCAACACGAAGCCUAGUCAAAUUAGCGGACGAUUACGCAACCGACUAUCCAUUAGCUAGUAACGCUUUACGUCAGGACACCUACGUAGAUGAUAUCCUUUCGGGAUCAGAUACUCUUGUAGGUUUAGCAGAACUCAAAGCUCAAUUAAAUGAGUUACUAUCGCUAGCAAGUUUCAAGCUCCACAAAUGGGUUUCUAAUCAAAAAUCGGUUCUCUGUGAUACUACCACGUCUUCAGCAGACAAAGUUGACAUUCAUUUAACAGACAAUGAUCUAUCAGUUAAAACUUUAGGACUUGGCUACAAUCCUACUACGGAUAUGUUUCAGUUUAGCUCACCAAUCGAUCAACCGGUUACUAAUUGUACUAAGCGAAAUAUCUUAUCAUUUAUCGGAAAAAUGUUCGAUCCAUUGGGAAUUUUGGGACCAGUUAUAAUUCGAGGUAAACUACUACUACAACAAAUUUGGUCUAGAAAUCUCAAUUGGGAUGAUCCCCUACCUCCUGAUAUAUUAAAACAGUGGCAAGAAUUCGAGAAAGGUAUCAUACACAUGACCGCCAUAUCUGUACCUCGGUGGCUAUUUCUUAGUGAUUCUAUAAUUGCGAUAGAGAUUCACGCUUUUUCUGACGCCUCAGAAAAGGCAUACGGUCGAUGGAACACCUUCGUAGCCAACAGAGUUAGCGAAAUUCAAGAAUUGACCAACGGGUUUCAACGGAGCCACGUGAAAACAAAAGACAAUCCAAGCGAUGUUUUGUCUCGCGGAACAGAUCCAAAUUCACUCAUCACGAAUGGGAUUUGGUGGAACGGUCCCACCUGGCUCUGCAAAUACGACAAUUCUUUUCCAAAUGCCGGAACCGUGGAAAUAGAACUUGAACUACCAGAACAACUUCAAGACUCUUCCACCAACCAAGGUAUCACCUGGAAGUUCAUACCACCACAUAGCCCGCACUGGGGUGGUAUUUGGGAGUCAGGCAUCAAAUCUGCUAAGUAUCACAUUAAACGAGUAAUUGGAAACUUAACUCUUACUUACGAAGAACUGGCUACAGUGCUUAACCAAGUAGAAGCCAUUCUUAACUCUAGACCGUUGUGUUCGUUAUCAAACGACCCCAACGAUUUACAAUAUCUAACUCCAGUGCUCGUCAAAGACGAAAAUGUGCCUCCUUUACAAUGGCCGUUGGCUCGAGUUACUAAGAUCAUUCCUGGUCGCGAUGGUCGCGCACGGGUAGUUGAGAUUAAAACCAAAGCAG